AUAAAAUUGAGAAACCCAAUUCUGAGAGGUCACCACCACAACUCUCUCACACACAACUCCAUAAGAGAGUUUGCUCGAAGAAGAAGAAGAAGAAGAAGAAGAAGAAGAAGAAGAAGAAGAAGAAGAUGAAGAUGCAGAAUAAUUUUGAAAUCCAUUUGUGUUUCUUUUUCGUAUGAUUCGAAACUAAUCUUCAUCAUUCCUCCUCAAUCAUACACCAUUCUUUCUUAAUCUCAAUCUCCAAGCUCGUUUUUUUUUUUAAAUUCUCACCACUAGUAUUGAAAAUCUCGAAGCUUCUCUUCGGAUAAUACCUUAAAUGGUGAUUAGUCACUCGAAAACCUAGAUGAGAUUUUGAGACUAGGCUGGAAUUGGAGCCGUGUUUUGUUUUUUUUUUGGGGUUCAGUUUCUCUUGAGGGGUUCGAUUUGGAUUCAAGGACUGAAGGAAAUAUGGACAACGGCCAUGAGGAAAGACUUGCCCAGAGGUUUUCAGGAGUGGGUCUCGGAGAAUCUUCUGGUUCCCAUGAAAACGAUGUUAAAAACGAUAGCUUGUUUCAAGUUAUCAAAGCUGUUGAAGCAGCAGAAGCCACAAUCAAGCAGCAGGUGGAGGAGAAUAACCUCUUAAAGGCUGAGCUUCAGAGAAGAUAUCUGGAGCUUGCCAAAUAUAAAUCAGGAGAAUCGUUGCCUCAGACAUCUGAUCUCCACUCGAAUGCUACAACCGGUGGGUCUUCCCCGUUACACCUUUUGGCCGCUGGUGUUAAUCCAGUUGACCGGGGGAAGGGAAAAAUCAAUGCUUCAGGUGCUGAUUCGUCAGGUGUUGCGGGAGCCUCUCAAUUGUCUUCGUCGCCAUCUACAAUAUCAUUGUCUCCUAUGAGACCGCUAUUGGAAGGAGAUCACUCGCACAUCAACUCAUUUUCUCAUGAGUUGAUGCCAGUAGGUGGAGUGAAUAAUUCGGGCACCGCAUGGAAGCAGGAGCUCAUUCACAAGGUCCAAGAACAGGACCAAGAGAUUUUGCGCUUACGAAAAUAUCUUGCUGAUUAUUCUGUCAAGGAAGCCCAAAUACGAAAUGAAACAUAUGUUUUAGAAAAACGUAUUGCGCACAUGCGUUUGGCAUUUGAUCAACAACAACAAGACCUUAUUGAUGCUGCAUCAAAAUCUCUCUCAUACAGACAAGAGAUCAUUGAGGAAAAUAUUCGCUUAACAUAUGCCUUACAGGCUGCAGAGCAAGAGAGAUCUACUUUUGUGUCGUACUUGUUGCCUCUUCUGUCAGAAUAUUCGCUGCAUCCACAAAUUUCUGAUUCUCAGUCUAUUGUUAGCAGUGUGAAGGUUCUAUUUAGGCAUCUGCAGGAGAAGCUCCAUCUUACUGAGACAAAGCUAAAGGAGACAGAGUACCAGUUAGCACCGUGGCAGUCAGAUGUAAAUCACUCAAAUGCGUCGCCUUUGUCAGCAUAUCAACCUGUUGGUGUGGGUUUGAGAUACUCAACAGAUCCGGAACACCAUCAUCAAGAUGGGCGUGGUGGCUCAGCUGCAAGUAAUUACCAUUUUGAUGAUCCCGAGAGUAGGUCGCCAGCCUUCCAGAUGCCUGUGCAGCCAGCUCUCAACCAAGAUGAAUCUCAUGGACCAAAUAAUCGUGUUCAGUUUCGUGAGCCCCUCAGCAAUACUUUUAUGGAUGAUGCAUAUCCAGAAGAACAAGCGGAUACUAAUCAAACUUUGGAAAAUUCGACUUAUGUGGCUGUUGAUGAUCCAAGCCCCUCAAAUUAUCCGAUUUUGGCCCCAGUUCUUGAGGAACCAUCUUCAUCAAUUUCCGAGGCUGCAGAUGAGGAUCCAUUGCCAGGUAUAGCAGACUUACAGAUAUCAGGAGAACCAUUUCCUGGACGAGAGCUUCAGGUUUCUGGUCACUCUAUCAAUGGAACGACAAAAUGUAAUUUUGAGUGGGUACGACAUCUGGAGGAUGGAUCAGUAAACUACAUUGAUGGUACACAUUUUCCCUACUACCCUUGCUUUAUUCCAAGGAUUGUCUUUCUGUUUUUCUUUACAGGGGAGCUUGUGAGGGUCUUCGCCAAUGAGAAUUGCAAGAUCACAUGUCAUCCAGAGAUGCAGAGCCAUAUAGAGAAGAGUCUUUAUAAUGGUCAUGCGUUAUACAAAGUCACCUAUUCAAUUGGUUAUAUGGAUAUAUGGGAAGCAGCUACAUUGUCUAUUAAGAAAGAAGGCUACAGCAUCAAACCUAAUAAUGAUCCUGUAAUUACAGAAAAGUUCUCCUCUUCUACUGCGAUUGUGAUUCCCUUUGAUCAGCCUGCGGAUUUUGUGAUUAUUGGUACCGAUGGUGUGGAGCAUCUCUGUCGAGUGGAGAAUGAUGCAACAGAUCUUAGCUGCUCAAGAGAUACAAUUGUGCUCACCCUUAGAUUAUUUCUAAAGAAGGCUCUGCAGAGAAAGAAGCAGAAGAAAAAAGGAUUUUUGUUUAACAAAUGAGUUUUUGGUAAAUAGUAUUGUNUUUUUUUUUUUUUUUUUUUUCUUCUCGCCUCUCCAGCUUUACAAUAUUAGAGAUAGUCUUAUGAACUGUUUAGUGUUAUUUAUGUAAGGCUGCUGUGCUAUAGCUGAUUAAAAAAAAACUAUUCAAUCGAUUUCAGUAUAGGAAAAAAAAUGAGCAAAAAAAAAG